AUGAAGUCAUCGGUUUUGAAAUCUAGUCUUCUUGCUUCGUUUUUGAUCGUUGCCUCAAUGCUUUCCAUGGUCAUAAAAGCAGAGCUAUACACAACAGGUGACAAGAAAGAUGCAACCGAGACCAAAGAUACCAACACUGUAUGGCCUGUGACGAAUACAUGGUGGGCAACUCCAAAUGCAUUCUUUAUGAAUCCAGUACCAUUUGGAGCCAAUUUCCCAGCCAAUUUUUGGAAGACUAAUGUGUGGAAUGGCAAUAAUGGUGUGUUCUGGAAUGCACAACUCAAUCCUUUCAAUAAUGAAUUAUUUACCAAUAACGCCUUAUUCCUCCAGAAUGGACCCAAUCAAGCAAUGAUGUUCCCUGGUCUUCAAAACGGAAACUUGUUCUUUGGAGCUUUCGGAAACAACGGAUUCACAUUCCCUGCCGCAUGGAAUGCAGCACUUUUCGGAGCCAAUAAUGUCUUUCCAGGAGUGCCACCAUUUGGUGCCACAGUGUUGCAAGCAAAGAACGCAGUUCACUACCCAGUGACCGAAGGAUACGAUAUUGAGUACAACUUCCCUGGUGGAAGAGCCAAACAAUUCUUUGCCAAGUCCAAGAUUGAAAGCCAAGUGUAUUAG